GCCGCCGCGGCCGGUAAACGGUGUUUUUCGCCGUGCGGAAGCGGUGGGACUGCAGAGGAGGCUUCGGGACCGUUUCCGCACGCUCGAGGGAGAGCAAGGCCCAGUGACCCACAUUCGGAGCAGCCAGUGUGUGUGUAUGUGUGUGCGCGCUCGUGCGCGUGGGCGAGCGAGCGCGUGCGCAUGUUUGUGCUCAGCGACUGUGUGUGCGCGCGAGUCGUUACAUACAUCUGCCGCGAAAAUGUCCCCCCGUCUCCGCGUUUAGACAUUUCUGUCCCAGUGUUUUUUGUCGGGUUUCGCUCGGCGCUGGUGUUUGGGCUUCGCUUCUCUCGCGGUGUUUCGGGACCAACGGUAAUGUCUUGACUUUCAGGACAUGUGAAGAUUUGUGGCCAGAAGGAUAGGAUCUCAACCAGUUAGUUGGGACUACAAAGACAAACACAAACAUUCCAGAGAGUUUAGCCGACCACUGACUUUCCUGUGGUCUGGUGCCCUCUAGUGACCCCAAUGACCUCAGUGCCAAUUUGGUUCAUAAAGUCAGCCUUGACCCCAAACCCUUCCUGCGACCACUGAGGAAAGACGUUAACUGUCGACGUGCGUAAGCUGCAGUGGGGUGGUCUUCCAAAUGCCUACCUCACGCCUAAAGAGUAAUUCACUGCAGCCACAGCCCUGAUCAGCAGCCAUCAUGACAUCAAGCAUAGGGGAUGAUUGUAGCAUCUUUGAUGGGUUGAUGGAAGAAGAUGAAAAGGACAAAGCAAAACGUGUGUCCCGUAACAAGUCAGAGAAGAAACGGAGAGACCAGUUCAAUGUCCUCAUCAAGGAACUUGGCACAAUGUUGCCUGGCAACACCAGGAAGAUGGACAAGUCCACCAUCCUACAGAAAAGCAUUGACUUCCUGCGAAAACACAAAGAGAUCGCAGCUCAGUCGGAGUCAAGUGAGAUCAGGCAGGACUGGAAGCCUCCGUUUCUUAGCAACGAAGAGUUCACCCAGCUCAUGCUAGAGGCUCUGGAUGGGUUCUUUAUUGCAAUAAUGACUGAUGGGAACAUCCUCUAUGUCUCUGAAAGUGUCACCUCGUUACUAGAACACCUCCCGGCGGACUUGGUGGAUCAGAACCUGUUAAACUUCCUGCCUGUCGGUGAACACUCCGAAGUGUACAAAGCUCUGUCUACACACCCCAGCGAUGCAGAGAGCCUUAGCUCUGAUUAUCUGAAAACUAAGAAUCACAUGGAAUUCUGUUGCCAUAUUUUACGAGGGGCCAUUGAUCCAAAAGAAGACCCCAUCUAUGAAUAUGUUAAGUUCAUUGGCAACUUUAAGUCAGUCAACAAUGUUCCCAAUGUGACGAGGAAUGGGCUGGCAGGUGUGUUACAGCGAUCACUACAGCCUGCGUUUGAUGACCAUGUGUGCUUUGUAGCCACAGUGCGGUUGGCCAAACCUCAGUUUAUCAAGGAGAUGUGUACAGUGGAAGAGCCCAAUGAAGAAUUCACAUCCAGGCACAGCUUAGAAUGGAAGUUUCUCUUCUUAGACCACAGAGCUCCACCAAUCAUAGGCUACCUGCCUUUCGAGGUUCUUGGAACAUCAGGGUACGACUAUUACCAUGUGGAUGACCUGGAGACACUAGCCAGAUGUCACGAACACUUAAUGCAAUACGGCAAAGGGAAGUCGUGCUACUACCGUUUCCUGACUAAAGGUCAACAGUGGAUCUGGCUACAGACACACUACUACAUCACUUAUCACCAGUGGAACUCUCGACCUGAGUUUAUUGUCUGCACACACACAGUAGUCAGCUAUGCAGAAGUGAGGGCAGAACAGCGCAGAGAGCUGGGUAUUGAAGAGUCUAACCCAGAGGUCACUGUGGAUAAGAGUCAGGACUCUGAGUCAGAGUCACAGUUGAAUACAUCCAGCCUCAAAGAGGCUCUGGAGCGAUUUGACCACAGCCGCACACCCUCCACCUCCUCACGGAGUUCCCGCAAGUCCUCAUCGCAUGUCUCUGACAACACUUGCACUUUUCUCUCUACAGCAACAGCCUCCAAGCUACAUAUGGACACAGCCACGCCUCCACGGCAGUCGCUUGCUUCCACAAUGGAGAUGACGCCACAACGUCGGUCUUCGAUCAGCAGUCAGUCAAUGAGUUCUCAGACAACAGGCCAGAGUGUGACUCCAGGCAUGAUCACUCAGCAGCAGCAGCAACAGCAGCAACAACAACAGCAACAGCAGCAGCAACAACAACAGCAACAGCAGCAGCAACAACAACAGCAACAGCAACAGCAGCAACAACAACAGCAACAACAGCAGCAACAACAGCAGCAGCAACAACAACAGCAGCAGCAACAGCAGCAGCAACAACAACAGCAGCAGCAACAGCAGCAGCAGCAACAACAACAGCAACAACAGCAACAACAGCAGCUACAGGCAAAUGUACAGCCGGUGAUGGAGUUCUCAGCGCAGGUGAAUGCCAUGCAGCAUUUAAAGGAGCAGCUGGAGCAGAGGACCAGAAUGAUCCAGGCCAACAUUCAACGACAGCAGGAGGAGCUAAGACAUAUCCAGGAGCAGUUGCAGAGAGUCCAGGGCCAGGGCAUACAGAUGUUGCUACAGCAGGGGGGUGGAGCCAUGAACGUACAGCUCCCUCAAGUAGCACCGGUCCAGCAAACUCCUGCUUUGACUAGUCAGGUCCAGCAAACAACUAUCAACCCCGUUCAUUCAGGAACUCAGCAACUUACCAUCCAGCAACAAGCUCCCCCUCCCCAGCAGAGCCUACAGCAGCAGACCAACGCCCUCACACAGCAGCAGCGCCAGCAACCUCCCCAGGCUCAGCCCCAGACCCAGGGCUCUGUGUCUGCCCCAUUGUACAACACCAUGAUGAUUUCCCAGCCAGGGCAACCCAAUGUGCUGCAAAUCAGCACCAGCUUACCGCAAAACAACACCCAGCAAGGCACAGCUGUGGCCACCUUUACACAGGACCGUCAGAUACGCUUUCCAGCAGGGCAGCAGCUGGUGACAAAGCUUGUUACAGCACCCAUGGCAUGUGGCGCAGUCAUGGUACCGACCUCCAUGUUUAUGGGCCAGGUGGUCACCGCGUACAACCCCUUUGGUGGUCAGCAGCAGGGAGGGCAGACCCAGACCCUAACUCUGCAACCGGCACAACCAUCCCAAGGUCAGCCCGAUGGUCAAAGCCAGACAGCUGUAGUGGCACAGAGUGGCCAGCAGGGGCAGCAGCAACAACAGCAGUUCUUACAGGGCACUCGUCUUCUCCAUAGUAACCAGUCUACUCAGCUGAUUCUGCAGGCAGCUUUCCCACUCCAACAACAGGGCACAUUCACCCAGGCAACACACCAACAGCAAGCACAGCAGCAACAACAACAACAACAACAACAGCAGCAACAGCAGCAGCAAAGGCAGCAACAGCAGCAACAACAACAGCAACAGCAGCAGCAAAGACAACAGCAGCAACAAUCUCACCACCAGAGGCACCAACAGCAGCUCAAACCACAGCCCCAAAAACAGCAGAAAGCGCCAUCAAUGCACAGGACUGACAGUGUGAGCAGCCAACCACAGUGAAGUCACGAGAACAACGUGGUUACUGGGGAGUAACCACGUGGUAAACGGGGAGUACUGCAGUUCUUAAAGGAUUGCUGCAUACGGUUCUUAUUGUCACGUGGCUGUCACCAACUUCCUCUGCCUAAAAUUUGCUGCCCUCCCUUUCACCAUCUAAAAUGAAUCAUAGUAAUGGAAAGGAAGGGAGAGAGAGUCCUCCUAGAACUCAUCGAGGAUUGUCACCAUGGCAACAGGAUGGAUUAAAAUCCCCUUUUCCCUCAACAGAGCUGUGAGGGAUCUUGAGUCUGCUUAAACCUCCCAAAAAUAAUGCCUCAUCGCCAGGUAACGAUGGACUCUUGUUGAAGGUGUGUCAAAGUGGACUGACCUUGUACAGAUUUGCUGUAUCAUAUAAAAACUUGUAAAUAUCCAAUAUAGCCUAACAGGAAACAGAAAUGUAGUAUUUUAUAUGAUUGCAUGGAAAGAAUAACUGUGUAAGCUUUUAUUAGUCGCUUUUAAAAAUUGAAUUUUUACUUUGUUCAAGUGUUUCCUGGUCAAAGAUGGACGUGCUCCCUCAGACCCCCUUCUCUCCUUCGCUAAAGAAAGUCCAGAAUAAGGCUUUAAAGUACUGUCAGUUUGUUUAUAAAAAGGUUGGGCUUGGGUUGGGUUUUAUUGUGGAAGUCUGUGUUUUAAACACUGUCUCUAAGACAAAAUGGCUCUUUUUACCUUUGUAAUUACAAAUUAUGUUUGGCAAAAAAUAGAUUACAGUUUAACUGAAUUAGUAGGAUGAUUACUAUACAAAUAACGGGUUUAGUGAUUCCAAGUGCCAAUAACAUAGUCAGUUAUGUUUUUUUAUUAUUAUUUCAAGCAGACUAUUGAAAGGCAUAUAUAUUUUCCAACAAGAUAUUACCCCUAGUAAAGUAAAUGUGUGUGUAUAUAGUAGGGAUUAUUUUUUAACAGAGAGCCCUAUACGUUAAAAACAGUAUAUCCUCACUUGAUGUGGUUGUGUACAGUAAAUCACUGUCGAGACCUGUUUGUAAACUGUGGUGUGAUUCUGUGAGCUCGUGUGUGAUUUUGGGAACACAAUCUCUUGUGUAUGAGUGGGCGGGAGUGGCUGUGUGUGUGCGCGUGCGUGCGUGUGUGUGUUGUUGUGUCUUACAAUAAUUGACUUAGUAAGGAUUUUGCUGGAUGGUACUAGUAUUCUCAGGAAUGUGGAAAGUUUAGCUUCUGCCUCAGUCUGGACCCAGACCAGGAAGGAUUAGACAGAGAUGCUGCUAAGACCAGAGGAAGAAAUUAGGAUAUUAAAACAAUAACAAAUUUAAUGCAGAUGUUUAUUUCUUGUUUUCUAAAAUAAACAGAAGUAGCAGAAAAAAGAAAUAGCUAUGUACCUAUAUAAUGCGAAUAUAUUAUUUUUAUAGGGGGGGGGGUUAUUGCAAUAAAGUAGAAACUAUAAGGAACUAUAGAGAAAGUCUUUUCAGUAAAAUUCAGACAGCAUCAUGCAAUCCCAUGGUCUUCCGCAUCAUCUGUGUGUCAUCCUUCCUUUUCUUCCUAGGCCUCAGAAACCCUCAUGCAGUUUAUGUCACUCAUCUCUCAGUUCUCAGACAGCAGUUAAAACCAGGACUAGGUCCACAGUCCAUUUGUUUGGACAUGGACUCAGUUUUAAGCCAUAUCAACAGAAAAGCCUUGGAUUGGAGGAUGUGUAAUGGUUGACAAAGGAGCAUUCAGAAUGUGGUGUGUAGUAAAGACUGUGCGUGCGUGUGUGUGUGUGUGUGUCUCUAGUGUCUCCUCUUCUUGAUCCUACUUCUUCUAUCACUUGGGGGUCAGUAUUGGUUUCCCCUGGCGAUGGCCAAUCAGUUCUUGCGUUGCAGUAUAAAGAAAUAAUUGUAAUAUUCAAGAAACUUCCUCCCAGGUUGGGCUAACUAUUGUGCAGGCCCGCUUGUGGGACAGCUCACCUUGAAUACAUGCUUGUGUAUGUGUGAACGUGAGAGAGUUCGUAUGCAUGAUAACUGUCACUGUAACCCAUUAUAUUUUCAUAUGCAACCAAACGAGUGAAAGAAAAGGUUGGUUUUAAAGCGAUGAACCGCACUUGAACUGGUCACCCAUCAGGCUAUACAGCAUAUACAGACAGACAGCUCCAUGUUUUAACAACUACGGCACAUAAGACUGGUCUCCAACAAUAACAAUAAUCACGUUUGUUCAUUCGUUUAGAUUUAAUAGCAGUGUGUGCAAUUCAUCGGGGGUGAAUGAGUUAGUCUACCAAAACAGGAAAUAGAUUUUAUAGUGAGAGUCUUACUGCUUGAACAAGAUUUUCACCACACAUCGCAAAUGUAGAUCCUUUUAUAGACUAGUUUGUGUUUAGGCAUCACUCUAAAGCCUAAUGUUGAGAUGUUUCUAGUUUGUGUCACUGAUACCCAGCCCAAAGAAUGUAAAGGUGAUUAUAAGAGACGAAUGGAUGUUAUAAAUGUUUGAACCUUUGACAAGGUUUGUGAUGAAGGAAAACGAGGGGUGUGGGAGAGAAUCAUGUUUCCAUAUAAUCUGAAAUGCAAUUUUACCUGGCUUUGUGAAAAACAAAAACAUGAAUGUUUCACAAUCACAAACAAGUUUUGUGGUUUUGCAACAGUCGUUUCCUGAUCUCUGGUCAUAACAAGUGGCUAAAGCUAAUGAAGGUUGAGGUGUAGGAUAUUUGAAACGUGGCACCAUUGACAGACAGUGAGCCCCCCCCCCCCCCCCCCCACCCACCUUGUGGAGACACACAUCUUCCCACUGUUUGAUUCUGAAGAGUCCUAGUUCUAGUAUAAUACUGUACACAUACACAAGAUAAGAACACCAGUAUUCAGUGUGAAACGGUGCUAUGCUUACCCGUACUGUAUGUAUGUUAAUCCCUUCUGCUCUUGAACUGUGCUCCUUUAUCUACCCCAAAGUCAAAUGUAAUAAUCAAUAUUUUAAAGCAAAAUGUUUGCUAUUAUUAUAACCCAACAUCUCCCCUCUUGGUCAAUUUCAAAAUAAAAACUGUUGCAAAUAUUA